AUGAGGGCUAGCUUAUUGAUGUUUAAGUCAGCUCUAAGCUCUAUAAUAAGGAGACCCUUGAAAGGUUUUCAACUUCUUAGAGGGGUCAACCCAUCUAACACACGGCCACAAUCCCCUAGAGCCUCCGCAAGAGACGUUAGGGAAAAGCAGAUAUUAAGAACGCCGUCAGCACCGACUGCGAUCCCAUUAAGGGAGAUUAUCUAUAGAGUUCCAGGCUUGUUUCCCCGCCCUUUAGAAGAUUCUGUUAAGGACUUCCGAGAUUUUAUUAAGAAUGAGGAUGCCUUCCAGACACAGCUUUUGAAAACGCUGCCGUUUUAUCCGAGUCCUUCAGAAUCAAAAGCGUCAAGGCUCAUAAGAACAGUUGUUGAUGAUGAUGGUAACUACAUCAAUGAAUUUUGCAUACGCCCUCAAAAACCUUCAGUGCCUGAUGCUGAUUUAAAACACCUGGUUUUUAUUCAUGGCUACGGAGCUGGAUUGGGUUUUUUCAUUAAGAAUUUUGAGGAUAUUCCUCUAUUAAAUAAUGAAUGGUGUAUACAUGCUAUUGACUUGCCUGGUUAUGGUUUCUCUUCAAGACCUAAGUUUCCAUUCGAGUAUCCAAGAGAUAAUCUUCACAGCGUCCAAGAUUGGUUUCACGAAAGAAUACACACGUGGUUUAGUAAAAGAAAUCUUUUGAAGCGGCCUGACAAAAACAUUGUCAUGGCACAUUCUUUAGGGUCUUAUUUGAUGGCGUUAUACCUGCAAAAAUAUAAGGAGUCCCCAUCUUUCAAAAAACUGAUUCUUUGUUCCCCGGCAGGCGUAUCUUAUAGAGAUUUCAAUAACACUGCUUCAGAGAUUGAAAAAUGGAAGCCACCACCUUGGUGGUAUGUCAAGCUUUGGGAUAGGAAUAUUUCGCCUUUUACACUAGUAAGAAAUUCUCGCCAGUUUGGUUCUAAAAUUACAAGUGGAUGGUCAUAUCGGCGCUUUAAGCAUAUAUUGAAUGGUGAUCCAGAACAGUCGAAACGGUUUGAAGCUCUGCAUAGAUACGCAUAUUCUAUUUUCAAUAAGCGUGGUUCAGGGGAAUACCUAUUAAGUUUCGCUCUGAAGUGUGGUGGUGAACCAAGGCUAUCCUUGGAGGAGCAGCUAUUUGAUGGUACAAACUUGAAUGUUUUAAAAAGUAGUAAUUGUGAAUGGGUUUGGCUUUAUGGUGAUGACGACUGGAUGGAUGUGAAUGGUGGGCUUAGGGUAUCAAAAUUCUUGAACGAGAAGUUGAGACAAAAAAGUAAUGUCAUCAUUGUUCCUCAUUCAGGGCAUCACCUGUAUCUGGAUAACUAUAAGUUUUUUAAUAACAUUCUUGCGAAAGAAAUGCAAAAAGUGUAA